AUGGAUAUGAUGAAGCUGAUGAUGAGCGAUUAUAAAGUAGAGACGAUCAACGAUGGCAUGCAGGAGUUCUUUGUUGAAUUCAACGGUCCCAAAGAUAGUCUGUAUGAAGGAGGAGUGUGGAAGAUAAGGGUUGAGCUUCCAGAUGCUUAUCCUUACAAAUCCCCUUCUGUUGGUUUCAUCACCAAGAUUUAUCAUCCUAACGUUGAUGAACUGUCCGACCUUGUGAAUGUGUUUGAGACAUUUCUUCCUCAGCUUCUUUUGUAUCCAAACCCAUCUGAUCCUUUGAAUGGAGAAGCUGCUGCUUUGAUGAUGCGUGACCGCCCUACUUAUGAACUACGAGUUAAAGAAUACUGUGACAAGUAUGCAAAACCAGGGGAAGGUUCAGAAGAUAAGUCUAGCGAUUAA